AUGGAAGGCUUACAAUCGCAGAGGCCCCGACAGUCGUACCAGCGCUCUCAGUCUCGAGGAUCGCUGAACACUGUCAGCAGCAAUACACGCAGUGUUAGUAGCUCGGCGUCUUAUAUUCCACCCUCACCCGGCCGAUCGCAUACUGCCCAACCAUCACACCGACAAUAUAAUAUCGUUUCAAAUGGCUCACCACGCCAACUUUCUAGAGAGACAAGUGCUGAGCUCAAGAAACAGGCUGUUGUUUCAAGCCUGCUCAACGAAAAACUGCAACGCGAACGCCGCGCCGAAAGUGAGAAGCUGGGAUCUUCAGUCUCAUCACGAACCAAUUUUGAUCUGAGCGCUUCAAUGCAUCUGGACCGCACUGAUACGCGCUCUCCCUUUAAACAAAGCGAUCUUGAUCUGCCCAGACCACAGUCGAGCGCCGGUGUCGACAUGGUUAAAAAGAGGGGAAUGGCUGUGAAGGAGAUGGAGCAAGUUGUAUCAGGCUUGCAUAAGCAAAAUUUUGAUCUCAAGUUGGAGCUCUACCAUCGUCGCGAGCGACAGACAAAGAUGGAGGAGCGCAUGGAGCUGAUGGAGCAAGAAUUCAAAGAAGCCAAAGAAGCGCAAGAAAUGAAUACCCAGUUGCGAGAACAACUUGAGCAGCGCGACAAGGCUAUUGAAGAGGCGGUUGCCAUGAUUGUGAAUCUCGAAGCCAGAGUCGACCAAUUGAUCAAUGAAAGGAACAUGGUCAAGCAGAUAGAGACAGAUGGCAUAUACGGAGGCAAUGCUCCCUACCAAAGCAACAACAACGAACAUAGCUCCCUCGAGGACAAAUCGACUCACAAUGGCGCCACAUUGAACCGCAUGCCAAGCUUCCUGUCCGAUCGCACAGCAACAACAGAGAACCUCCGCAACGUCUAUCUUGGUGUCCGCGGCAGCGUUUUGAGCUUAAGAAGGAUAUCUGGUGGGCCAUCUGAGGCCGAUCCUGCAUACCUGGCAGCACUCGGAAGCCCAGCCCUCAGUGUCUUGAGCGAGAGUUCCUUUAUGAGUAUAUACGGCCAAAAGGGUGGCGAUACGACUGUUAUUCCGGAAUUUGAUGAGCCUCUUUCUCUAGAUGGCUUCGCUGAGUCGCCACGCAAGUCUCAUCGAGCCAACUCAUUGACAAGUGGUGUCAGCUCGCCAACCAAGACUAAUGCCAAUGUCUACGAAACGAGUCACUAUGACCAACGACCUGCUCCCCCAGCUCACGGUCGCUCUCGCUCUACUGUUGUUGUAACACAAUCUUCGACACCUGCUUACACAACAGCUUCACCCCGUCAAGAGCGCAGCUGGACACCAGAAGGAGAUGCACCACAACAAGGAGCCUCUUUGCAUCCCGCUGAAGUACACAAAGUAUACGCUCAUCGCUCUAAGAGAGACGAACGACGCGCAGCAUUGAGCAAAGUAAUCACCGAUCACCCGGGAGGCGUUCGAUUGUCCGACCAGGGUCUGCCACCAACACCCGAUACUAUCGAGUCAUCUACUCUGCGACGACUACGAGGCUCCAAUGAAGCGCUACCUCAGACCCACGAUGCUUCCAGAGAACGCAGUUCGGCAUCCUCUUCGCGCCCAGGUUCAAACAGAAUCACGGGACCCGAACCUAGACGGCGCCAGCCCACGGCUGAGUCCUCUCACACCAACCAAAGCUUUAGACGCUCAAUCGUCGAGGCAAACACACAUGGCGCGCAGUAUGAACCCUUCGCGGGAGCCUCAGUUCGGCGCCCGAGAUCCGCUGCCGAGACAACAUCUACCACCCACAAGCGACGACAAUCCUGGGAGAGCGAUGCUUCCGAUGCAGACUCUUUUCAAUCUAGCCUCGACAUCUGGAUGCGCGAGAGCACACAGCCGACAGUAAUUGGACGGGGCUCGCCUGAUUUGUUUGGUUUCCCAACAAACGCUGCUAAUGGCAGCUGGGCAACCCAAACGCUCCUCAGCCCUGAGAAUAAGUAUCUUACGGCUGCGUUUGGCUCCAUGCCCGGUGGUGACCAAAUGCAUGAUUUGCUCUCUCUUCGUGAGGCGCUCUUCUCACCUAACCUCCCUCCACCUCCUCCCCAUCGUCGAUCCAGCCUUCACGCGCCAACGGGAGACUUGCCAACUGAGGGCAAGACAGACUCUGUUGACGAAACAUCAACACCUCGACCUUCUCGCCGAAUGAGCGAGACGGCCGUUCACCAUGACGAAUCUCGAACCCCAGUUCAAAACAGAGGCGCACAAGGCCCAGGUAGCGAGAAGCGAGCUAAUCACCCGCCCAUCUCAUGGCAGCCUGGUCCACGCGCGGGCAUUAAAAGUCUAUUCCGCCGUUCUGUAGGAUCCACCCCGGGUACAUCCGACUCUGCUACGGGAAGCUCGGAGCCAAUCUACAUGGAUCAGCCGAAGAAGGGCGUGCCAGUCGACGCAUCAACCAUUGUUUCGUCUGAGGCGAGCAAUGCGAGAGCAACGCCGCCACCUAUUUUGCUCCAGUCUCGACACGGAAGACGCAAUUCUAUCAGCACGGGGGUUGCAUCUCCUAGACAUGUUGUAGAAAAUGGGAAAGGGUUGGACAGUGACAGAGGCAUGCCACAGCGACCUCAGAGCGUUGCACACACUGGCGUCACAGCGUCCAGCUCGGGAGCUAGGAGAAAGUGGCUGACAGGAUUUGGAAAGCAGAGCAAGGUCAACUAA